AUGUCUUCUCCACCAUUCGUACUUCCACGUCUCUCUGGGUCCACGCUGGAACCCACCUGCGAACCCAUUGUCAUGUAUCCGCCACACAUUCAUCAAAAGGAACCACUGGUCUAUCACAAGCCAGUAGCAGCAGCAGCAGCAAUGGGUCGCAUCCUUGCUACUGCUACGCCUGCACCGUCAUUACGACGCAAGAACAGACCGACGUUCAUUGACAUUCCUGCGGUAUGCAAAGAGUUUGUGUUCAAGGAGCCAGACCACGACGAUUUUUCCGCAUGGUCCUACAACAAUGACGACGAAGCAGCAGCAGAGUCAGAGCCGGAACUGCUGUGGGACGAGGUCAACCAAUGCAUCUACAAGUCUGCAAGCAAACGAGCCCAUUCGAUCUCAUCCGUCUCAUCUGACGGCUCGCCUUUCUUUCCACCUUGCUAA